AUGAAGCUCCUUUGGGUGAUUCUGACUGCACUGCUGUUCUUGUCCCAGCUCACUCCAGGUGACACCCAAAAAUGCUGGAAUCUUCAUGGCAAAUGCCGCCGCACAUGCCCCAAGAAGGAAAAGAUGUAUGUUUACUGCACAAAUAAUAAGCCAUGCUGUGUGAAGCUCAAGUUCCAGCCAAAAAGAACAAAGCCAUGGUCAUUUUGA